ACUAGUCUGUUGUUGUCGUAAAUUGUGUCAACAAACUGAGUUUGACUGGAAAUUUAGCGAAUAAUUCAACAAAUUAUAAUAGUUCCGGCAUUUUAUUUUCCUUUUUUGAAGCCGCACAUCUUUUAAAGAUUUUCAUCAUGUGGAAUUCCAUGGAUGAAGGUGGGUUUGGAGGCAAAAGUCGUUUUGAGCAAUCAGCUGGUGGUGGAUUUUUGAAUACUACUAUCAGUUCUCCAAGUACCAGUGAAAAAAAGAAGCCUGAACGACUCACUAAUGUUGUCCCAUGCACAAUUGCUCAAAUCCAUUUGAUGGCAGAAUCAGAUGAUAACCUAAAAAUUGGAAGUCUCACAGCUAAAAUGAUCACAUUUGUUGGGCUUGUGCAGUCAGUUGAUAUCCAGACUACAAAAGUGACUUAUGUAAUAGAUGAUUGCAGUGGACCAGGAAUUGAAGUUCAAAUUUGGAUUGGAGAAAAUGAGGAUUUAGGCAAGAAAGUGAAUGUCGUCCAGGAAAAUACGUAUGCACGAGUCACAGGAGCUGUGAGGUCUAUGAAAGGGAAAAGGCAUGUGAUUGCAUUUAAUAUCUCUCCAGUAAGAGACGCCAAUGAAAUAACUAUGCAUAUUGCUGAAGUGAUACAUGCAUCAAUGUCAGUCUCUGUUAUGGAUAAGCAGAGUUCUACUGGAAUGGCUUCUGGAUUUGGAUCAUCUUCACUUCUUACAUCAACAGGAACUGUUGGUGGAACCUCAGAUACAUUUGGUAUGAAUGCUGGAAUUUCAAGGAACCUUACAAAACCUCAACAACUUGUCCUCCAAGCAGUUAAUGCAUGCAAAGAUGAACAGGGCAUUAACACAGGGGCAUUAUUUGCCAGCUUAAAAUCCCUGAACCGACAAUCUAUUCAGGAAGCUUUAGACUUCUUAAGCAAUGAAGGUCACAUAUAUUCCACCAUUGAUGAAGAUCAUUACAAAUCUACAGAUUGUGUUUGAAAAAGCAUGACUUGGGAAAUAUGAAAUAUUUUUGUCAUAAAAUAAAUUUCACAAAUUUUUGUUCAAAAAGGAAAGAAAAAAGUUUGAAACCAAAAUUUUUUAUACAUUUCCAUAUCAACUUAUUGCCAUAAACUUUUUUGAAGAUAUGUAAAUAAAUGCUUU